CGGGCCAUGGCUGGCUGGGCGGGGGCCGAGCUGUCGGUCCUGAACCCGUUGCGUACGCUGUGGUCGGCGCUGGCCGCCGCCUUCCUGCUCGCGCUGCUCCUGCAGCUGACGCCCGCCAGGCUGCUGCCGAGCUGCGCGCUCUUCCAGGACCUCAUCCGCUACGGGAAGACCAAGCAGUCCGGCUCGCGGCGCCCCGCCAUCUGCAGGGCCUUCGACGUCCCCAAGAGGUACUUUUCUCACUUCUACAUCACCUCAGUGUUGUGGAAUGGCUCCCUGCUCUGGUUCCUUUCUCAGUCUCUGUUCCUGGGAGCACCUUUUCCAAACUGGCUUUGCGCUUUGCUCAGAUCUCUUGGAGCCACGCAGUUCCAAGCCCAGGAGACGGAGUCCAAGGCUUCUCGGAUGCUAGCAGGUGAGCUGGCUCUGUCUGCCUUCCUGGUGUUGGUGUUCCUGUGGGUCCACAGCCUCCGGAGACUCUUCGAGUGCUUCUACGUCAGCGUCUUCUCCAAUGCAGCCAUUCACGUGGCGCAGUAUUGUUUCGGGCUUGUCUACUAUGUCCUCGUUGGCCUGACGGUACUGAGCCAAGUGCCCAUGGAUGACAAGAAUGUGUAUGUUCUGCGGAAGAAUCUGCUGAUGCAGGCCCGGUGGUUCCACAUCCUCGGAAUGAUAAUGUUCUUCUGGUCAUCUGCCCAUCAGUAUAAGUGCCACCUCAUUCUCAGCAAUCUCAGGAGAAAUAAAAAAGGUGUGGUCAUCCACUGCCAGCACAGGAUCCCCUUUGGAGACUGGUUUGAGUAUGUGUCAUCGGCUAACUACCUAGCAGAGCUGGUGAUCUAUGUCUCCAUGGCUGUCACCUUUGGGCUCCACAACUUAACCUGGUGGCUGGUGGUGACGUACGUCUUCUUCAGCCAAGCCUUGUCCGCAUUCUUCAACCACAAGUUCUACAGAAGCACGUUUGUCUCCUACCCAAAGCAUAGGAAAGCCUUCCUCCCGUUUUUGUUUUAGAGCAGGCUUUAUGGUGAAGAACGCAAGCCAGGUGACAGAUGCCAUCCCUAGAGACACUGAAAUGGACUGAAGUACACUUUCGGCAAGAAUGUUUGACAGUCCCUGUUCUACUUCAGUGCCAAACAGUGUUCACCAGGCGAGGUGUUGUUCCAGGUGGAGAAGACAUUCUGGCAAACCAGGAUCCGCUUCCUGUCAAGCUUUACUGAUGACAAAUAAACAGUGUCUCCAAGCUGCUUUACAGCCACGCUAACCAGGAGUAUAAACAGUGUUGCAUGGA